AUGCCUUCUUUUUUAAGGUUUGAUUAUCGUGUUUAUGAAAGCAUCUUGGGUGUAAUCUUUGCAAUUGAGGAAAUCCAUGGAGACCCAAAAAUACUGCCCAAUGUUAGUCUUGGAUUUAGUAUAUUCGAUACUUGUACAACUGUUUCUGGUGCACUUGAUGGAACAGUACGAUUACUUACAGGCCAGGGCCUGGCAGUUCCUAAUUAUCUUUGCCACAGCCUUACUUCUGCAGCUGUUAUAAUUGGAGAUGCAUACUCAAUGACUUCAAUACCAAUGGCAAAACUUCUGGGACUCUACAGACAUCCACAGAUCAGUUCCUCAGCAUCUGUCAUGGCACUAAGUGACAAAAAGGAGUUUCCUUCCUUUCUUCGAACAGUUCCAAGUGACCUAUACCAGUCUAUUGGUUUAGCCCACUUGGUGUUAUAUUUUGGCUGGACAUGGGUUGGGAUAUUAGUUGAAAGCAGUGACUAUGGGCAGCAAGGUGGUCAAAGAGUAAAAGAAGAAUUGAUCAAAGCUGGGGCCUGCAUUGCAUUCUUUGAAACCAUACCUUUAGUGUACUCUGAAAAGAAAACUCAGCAUAUAAGUGAAAUGAUUAAAAAGUCUUCUGCAAAUGUGAUAGUGAUCUAUGCUGCAGACCUCACCAUAUAUCCUAUAAUGGAAGAAAAUGCAAGGAAUAAUGUAACUGGGAAAGUAUGGCUUGCCAGUGAUUCCUGGGCAAACUCUCCUAUGUUUUCCACCAAAGAAUUGAUGGUAACACUUCAAGGGACACUUGCUUUUAUGAUACGGAAUGGAGAAAUGACAGGGUUCAAGGAAUUCAUCCAUAGUCUUAAUCCUAGUAAUAAUCCAGAUGACAUAUUUCUAAAAAUCUUCUGGGAACUGGUAUUUCACUGUACAUUACAAUUUCUCAAGAAAAAUGAAACAAGCAGGACUCAGAUGUUGGAGACAAAAGGUUGUACUGGAGAUGAGAAACUGGUGGACACAAAUUUGAACUUUUUUGCUCUUGAUGACUUAAGAUUUACAUAUAAUAUCUACAAUGCUGUCUAUGCUAUUGCACAGGCUUUACACAGUAUGAAUGCCUGCAGACAUGGAGAGGGGCCAUUUAGCAAUAACACAUGCACAACAAUAAAUACAUUCAAGCCAUGGCAGCUUUUCCACUAUCUUAAGAAUGUCUAUUUUGUGAACAAAAAUGCAGAGAAAGUAUACUUUGAUGUGGAUGGCAACCCUCCAGCAAUAUAUGGCAUUCUAAAUUGGCAGCCAUCUUCAAGUGAGUCUUUUCGAUACUUACAGGUUGGUCAUUUCAAAUCCUUUGCAGAAAACGACCCAGAACUGAUAAUUGAUGUGGAUUCUAUUUUAUGGAAUAAAGGCUAUAAACAGAUUCCUCAGUCAUCAUGUAGUAACAGUUGCCCUGCAGGAUACAGAAAGGUACCACAACCAGGUCAACCAAUCUGCUGUUUCAACUGCAUCAUAUGUUCCAGUGGAGAAAUUUCAAACCAGACGGAUUCUCUUGACUGUUUGAAAUGUCUCAGUGAUGAAUGGUCUAAUGAAAGGCAAGACAAGUGCAUUAAGAAACAGCGUGAAUUCCUUUCUUAUGAAGAGCUACUUGGAGACAUUUUAGCUGCAGUAUCCACAUUUAUGGCAUUGUCUGCUAUUUCAAUACUUGCUAUCUUUGUGAAGUCCCAUAACACUCCUGUUGUCAAAGCAAACAACCGUGAACUCAGCUAUAUCCUCCUGAUAAGCCUUGUACUGUGCUUCCUCUGUUCAUUGAUCUUCAUUGGCCAACCCACUGACCUGACCUGCAUGUUGCGCCAAGUUGCUUUUGGCAUCAUUUUUACACUAUCUGUCUCUUGCAUUUUAGCUAAAACUGUUGUAGUGGUCAUUGCCUUCAAUGCUAGCAAUCCGAACAGCAAUCUAAGAAAGUACAUUGGACCUGGGCUACCAAAAACUUUAGUUGCAGUCUGUACACUUGCCCAAGUUAUAAUAUGUGCUAACUGGUUAAUCAUCUGCCCUCCAUUCCAGCAUGAAAACACAGUGGCUCUAAUAGGGAAGAUCAUUAUAGAAUGCAAUGAAGGUUCACCCACAGCAUUUUGGUGUAUGUUGUCUUAUAUAGGUCUGUUAGCUACUGUGAGCCUUGUAGUAGCAUUUCUAUCCAGGAAACUCCCAGACAACUUUAAUGAAGCUAAAUACAUCACAUUCAGUAUGUUGGUUUUUGUCACUGUGUGGAUGUCAUUCAUUCCAGCCUACCUGAGCACUCAGGGGAAGUACACAGUAGCUGUGGAAGUGUUUGCCAUUGUGUCCUCAGAUGCCGGUCUGCUGGUUUGUAUAUUUACUCCUAAAUGUUUUAUUAUUCUUCUCAGGCCUGAGACAAACACCAGAGAUUACUUCAAGAGUAAAGGAGCAUUUAAGAAUUGA